AUGCAGGAAGACGACGUGGCACAAGUUACGCCUAAGCAGUAUGCAUUGUCUAAUGUGAAUGGAUCAUCUAGUAUAAUGAUGAAUAAGCUCACUGAAAGGAAGAAGACAUACCCCCAGACAGUAUUAUCUAAAGUAAAGGACAGAACAUUUACGAGGGUCAAUCUGACAGAUAAAGACAAAAGAAUUAUCGUGCGCGCAAUCAAGAAAGUGGGAUACAGCUUGGAGAAGUCCUGGAAAGAGAACUAUCGUAAGGAUUUAGUCAAAGAAGCCGUGCGAGCUGCGCGUGAAUCAUUCGGUGUGAGUAUGAAAACAAAACGAAGGUUGUGUAAAUAA